GGGAGGAAAGGCCUCGCUGCGGGGCGGGCCUUGCCGUCUCCCUAGUGUCACCUGCGCUCAGUCACCAUCCCGCCUGCGUCCGUCGGGCUGGGUUUGCUGGUCCCAACGUGCCUUCCAGCCCCUCAGCCGGCUCUCCAGGACCCGGGCGCCUCCCUUGGUGUUUUAAAUGGCGGCCAGGCUUAUUCUUACUGCCUGAGGAAGAAGCCCAGAAGAGGAGGACGAGGAAAGAAAGAGGGCUCAGAAUGGCUCUUUCUCAGGGACCGUUGACCUUCAGGGAUGUGGCCAUAGAUUUCUCUCAGGAGGAGUGGGAAUGCCUGGACCCAGCUCAGCGGAAGUUGUACCUGGAUGUGAUGGUGGAGAACUACAGCAACCUGGCCUCCCUGGCUAUGUCAUCUGAAGAUGACCAGGCCUUUAUGCCAAAUACUGGAAUACCAGAUUUAUUCUCUGAAGUUAUAUUGGGACCGCUGACCUUCAGGGAUGUGGUCAUAGAUUUCUCUCAGGAGGAGUGGCCAGCUCAGCGGAAGUUGUACAUGGAUGUGAUGUUGGAGAACUACAGCAACCUGGCCUCCCUGGCUAUGUCAUCUGAAGAUAACCAGGCCUUUUUGCUAAAGCCCGGAAUUCAAGAUUUAUUCUCUGAAAUUAUACUGCAGAGUAAAUGUAAUAAAGAUGCAAGUUAUCAAUGGAACGAACAUUGGAAAAACUUUAAGCUAGAGUCAUAUCUUAAUAAUCAACGGAGAAUUGAGCUUGCAGAGGAUCAUUAUAAAAGUGGAAAAGUCUUUGAGCAAAUGUCCAAUCACCAUAUAGGUCAAUUAUUUCAUAUUGUGGAAAAGACACACAAAGGAAGUAGACAUGUCACAUCUUUUCAGGAAUUUUCAAAUUACAGUGAACAAGAGAAUAUUCAUGCUGGGGAGCAAGCUUACACAGAGACAAAGGGAAAGGGAGAGAGAGAAUCAUGGAUCCCCUGUCUCCUGCAUACCCAACACAGAGGAUGGAUCCCUCAAACAGGGCAUAUGACCUGAGCUGGAACGGAACCCUGAAUUCUGGUUCAUAGUCCUAUGCUCAGCCACUGAGCCACUCUGUUUGGUAGGUUUUAUUAUUUUUAAUAAUUCUUAUUUGAGAAAGAUGGAAAGUUUGGAAGAUACUUUG